GCUUUACACGGUCCUACUCCCCCCACGCCUCGCUUUCGGUAUGGCGGACGGCGAGAGGUCCCCGCUACUAGCAGAUCUCGGAGAUGGUGUUCUUGGGGGUGGUAACGGCGGAGUGUCACCUGGCUCCGCUCCCUAUGGUUUACCAAAUAAGCCACAAAGUGAGUAUACAUGGAUGUUCUCCCACCUAGCCAAGGCAAUCAGCUAGCUAGCUAGCUAGCUGACAAAACAUCGGUUCCUAUGAUUUCCAGAUAGCCAAGAGCACAAUUUGCCGUCUAGGUAGGAACAUGGACAGCGCGUAUUCCGUAAAACAUAGUAACGACGAUUGUGUCUGCACUGAUUCUCUGGGGAAUAAGUCGUGGUUGCUAGCCAGCUAGCUGUUGAUGCAUGCAUGCCGGUUAGUUAACUUAGUUGCCUGGCAAUAUUUCUCUAUAACCUUUAGGCAUUUUCUGCAUUUGUCGUUUAGGCAUCAUAGUUAAACGGAUGUAACUAACAAAACAGAAACACUCAUUUAUUGUGUUGAUUUUGUGCAUGGAGCUAGCUAACUAGUCUGCAGCAAGAUUGCUAACUAACUAGCCUAGCUAUAAUCAAUUUCUCAGUACAGUGAAUGCAAGCUACUAUAUCCUGAUGAUCCACGUGUUAUGAAAUUGCUAAUUCUGUGAUGUGAUAGUGGCCUACAGAAAUAAACAUUUCAGUGUAGUAUUUGUACCACCAUUUGAAGAUCUACAGCCUGUAUGUUCACUCUAGCUAACUAACGUGCUAAUCUCGUUUGUGGCGUGCACACGAAGCACCUGAUAUGAUUGGCACCGCUCUGGGCCAUUCAGGAAGCUUAUAAUUACUGCAAGAUAAGACGUCGACCAAUUACGGUCUCCUGGGGAGGGGCUACUACUGUAACUACGGAAAUAUCAGAACAGUGACAUGAGUUGGGGGGUAACACAGGUGAUUGUUCACGUCAUAAUAACUUACAUUCUUGUGUCUUUGAAAUUAUACAGUGGUAAUUGCAUAUUUCCGUGAUUAAUACAGAUAAGCCCCUGCAGUCCUUUUAUAAAGCUCCUUUUCUGUUGGAACUCAAAUCUCAUUCUUGUUAAUCCUCAUUUAAAAUGUAAAAAAACUGAACAGUACUUUCUGUGUUUAACCCUUUCUUGGUUCAGUGCACUACUUACUCUCUGUAUAUUAGUCUGUCAAUCUGCAAAUCUGUGGCUAAAACCCCCCAGAUAUAUGCAAUAACUCAAUGUUAUCAAAAGCAAAAGAGCUGAUAAAAAAACAGCAAUUAAAAAUAACUAAAUAAACACAGCAAAAAAAGAAACGUCCUCUCACUGUCAACUGCGUUUAUUUUCAGCAAACUUAACAUGUGUAAAUAUUUGUAGGAACAAUCAGUAUCUGGUGUGGCCACCAGCUGCAUGAAGUACUGCAGUGCAUCUCCUCCUCAUGGACUGCACCAGAUUUGCCAGUUCUUGCUGUGAGAUGUUACCCCACUCUUCCACCAAGGCACCUGCAAGUUCCCGGACAUUUCUGGGGGGAAUGGCCCUAGCCCUCACCCUCCGAACCAACAGGUCCCAGACGUGCUCAAUGGGAUUGAGAUCCGGGCUCUUCGCUGGCCAUGGCAGAACUGACAUUCCUGUCUUGCAGGAAAUCACGCACAGAACGAGCAGUAUGGCUGGUGGCAUUGUCAUGCUGGAGGGUCAUGUCAGGAUGAGCCUGCAGGAAGGGUACCACAUGAGGGAGGAGGAUAUCUUCCCAGUAAUGCACAGCGUUGAGAUUGCCUGCAAUGACAACAAGCUCAGUCCGAUGAUGCUGUGACACACCGCCCCAGACCAUGACGGACCCUCCACCUACAAAUCGAUCCCGCUCCAGAGUACAUGCCUCGGUGUCACGCUCAUUCUUUCGACGAUAAACGUGAAUCCAACCAUCACCUCUGGUGAGACAAAACCGCAACUCGUUAGUGAAGAGCACUUUUUGCCAGUCCUGUCUGGUCCAGCGACGGUGGGUUUGUGCCCAUAGGCGACGUUGUUGCCGGUGAUGUCUGGUGAGGACCUGCCUUACAACAGGCCUACAAGCCCUCAGUCCAGCCUCUCUCAGCCUAUUGCGGACAGUCUGAGCACUGAUGGAGGGAUUGUGCGUUCCUGGUGUAACUCAGGCAGUUGUUGUUGCCAUCCUGUACCUGUCCUGCAGGUGUGAGGAUCGGAUGUACCGAUCCUGUGCAGGUGUUGUUACACGUGGUCUGCCACUGCGAGGACGAUCAGCUGUCCGUCCUGUCUCCCUGUAGCGCUGUCUUAGGCAUCUCACAGUACGGACAUUGCAAUUUAUUGCCCUGGCCACAUCUGCAGUCCUCAUGCCUCCUUGCAGCAUGCCUAAGGCACGUUCACGCAGAUGAGCAGGGACCCUGGGCAACUUUCUUUUGGUGUUUUUUGGAGUCAGUAGAAAGGCCUCUUGUUUGUCCUAUUGCCUACUGUCUGUAAGCUGUUAGUGUCUUAACGACCGUUCCACAGGUGCAUGUUCAUUAAUUGUUUAUGGUUCAUUGAACAAGCAUGGGAAACGGUGUUUAAACCCUUUACAAUGAAGAUCUGUGAAGUUAUUUGGAUUUUUACGAAUUAUCUUUGAAAGACAGGGUCCUGAAAAAGGGACGUUUCUUUUUUUGCUGAUUUGAUGUACAAAUGUAUAGGAGCUCUGUACUUAGGCUGCUACUAGGGCGCCAUGGCAAGUAAUAGCACUGACUUCGCUGAUAGUUGCUUAAUUGAAUAACUUUCUAUGAUAUGUGGUCUCUUUCCUACCUUAGUUGAAUACACUGAUUGUAAAUCACUCUGAAUAAGAGUGUCUGCUAAAUGACCAAAAUGUUAAUGUUCCCUCCUCCCCCCCCCAAUCCACUCUCUGUAUUUCAGGCUUUCCUCCCUUCCCCAGCCCCACCCAGCCCUCAGUGCUUAUGGGGGAGGACCCUCCUCCGUACUCCCCCCUCACCUCCCCAGAGAGCGGCAGCGCGCCAGGCAUCAGCUGUAGGGUGUGUCAGAGCCUCAUCAGCGUGGAGGGGAAGAUCCACCAGCAUGUGGUCAAGUGUGGGAUCUGCAACGAGGCUACGGUGGGUGACACACACACAUCUAUCUGUAGUGUCGUCACAUCUAUAGACAUAGUCAUAUCAUUUGUAUACAGUGGGCACGCUGGGUGGGUGACCUACUAUUCACAUAAACCUGCAUGUUGGGGUUAAUUCCAUUUCAAUUCAGGAAGUAAUCUGACAUUCGAAUAUACCUCAUUGCUUCUCUAUGUUAAUUUUUGGAUUUGGAAUUUCAGUUUACUUCCUGAAUUGACCCUAGGUUGAAGAAAAAAAGGUUAGGACAAGUUAUAAUUCCAUGUGGAAGCUUUUUCGAAAAUAAAUACAUUCAUGGGACCAGCACCGUUGCUAACUAGCAUUUUCACGGUUGAUUUAAUUGGAAUGGAAUUGACCCCGAACCUUCUUGUUCAACGUGUUCACCCUUCUGUGUCCCUCUCCUUCUCCUCUUGUCUCUGUCUCCCUCUGUAGCCCAUCAAGAAUGCGCCAGCAGGGAAGAAGUAUGUCCGCUGCCCCUGUAACUGUCUGCUCAUCUGCAAAGUCACCUCCCAGAGGAUCGCCUGUCCCCGGCCCUACUGGUAAGAGAGAGAGGGGGCCGAGAGAAGGAGUGUGUGAAAGAGAGACUGGAUGCAUCCCAAUUGGCACCAUAUUUACAAUUUAGAGCACUACGUUUGACCAGAUGGGCCUUGGUCGUAGUGCACUAGAUGGGGAAUUAAGUAAUACACUAUAGGGAAAUAGGCUGCCAUUUGGGAUGUAGCCACAUCAUCAAAGCAGGAGGGAGGCAGACAACAAGGGUUAUAGGAUAAAUUAAUUCCCUCCCUUCAUAAAACAAUAUUACAUGGCAGAAGCAGUGUCUCAGGGCAUACAUAUACAAGUGUGAUUACUGUGAACUAGGACAAUGUAGGACAUUAAUUACAACAGGCCCCCCAAUGUGUUUUCCUGUGUAACUAAGUUUUCAAGAUAUAUAACUUUCAAACUACAGAAAAACUGCCUGUAUGAUGCAUUUUGUUAUGCUGCGUUUUGCAUCAUAUGAUGCAAAAUGCCUCAUACCGGCUGUAUUUCUGUAUUUUGAAAGUUAUGUAUCUUGAAAACUUGAUUGCUGACAUGCAAAGCAUUUUGGGACUAUAUCAACAAUGGACUAUUUUAUUAAACAAAUACCAAAAGAUAGUUACUGGGUGGAGUUUUCCUUUAAGGGCUGCAUUAGGCUAACCCAGUGCAUAGAUAAGGUAGUUGACUUGUAUGGAACUUACGCUUGGUUGCAUUUAAACCUAGCUAAGAAUACUGACUUGUAGACUGAACAGUGAGUUAUGUGGUUGCUGUUUUGUCUUCCUGGCACUGAUUCUGCUGAUAGCAGCUAUUUUGAAUAAGGGUCUACUUGCGGUGACUGUGAUGUGAGGUUGUUUUCCCUUCUAAACAUGAAUGCACUAACUGUAAGUAACUCUGGAAAAGAGCGUCUGCUAAAAUAACUUAAACAUUUUUUUAAAUGUAGUUGACCGGAAUGGUUACACUCUGUUACAAUUCAAUCUAGGAUACUGACUUGUAGACUGACCAGUGAGUUCUGUGGUUGUGUUCCCCCAGUAUACUGACUUGUAGACUGACCAGUGAGUUCUGUGGUUGUGUUCCCCCAGUAUACUGACUUGUAGACUGACCAGUGAGUUCUGUGGUUGUGUUCCCCCAGUAUACUGACUUGUAGACUGACCAGUGAGUUCUGUGGUUGUGUUCCCCCAGUAUACUUACUUGUAGACUGACCAGUGAGUUCUGUGGUUGUGUCCCCCCAGUAAGAGGAUAAUAAACCUGGGUCCAGUCCACCCUGGUCCAGCCAGCCCUGACCCCCAGCCGUCCGGAGCUCGGGUCUCCUGUGGACACUGCAGCAACACUUUCCUGGUACAACCCUUCCUGCACCUCUCUCAAAGCCAUUAUAUACAGUAGGCUGCAUCCCAAGUGGCAUCUUAUUCCUGCCAAAGGGCACCAGGGCCCAAAUGUUUGAUUGUGUCUAUAGGUAAAUGAGGUGUGUGGUUAAGAUUUGGAAACAUAGUCCAGUGUCCAAAGGCUUAUUGGGUUAAUAGGUAAUCAAAUUAGUGUAACAAUUUUCCAGAUUCCCGUUAAAAUAAGUAAGGGUUGCAAAAAUAACCCUAUUAAUCAACAAAACAAAAAUGCAAGUUCUCCAAGAAUCAAUCAUUUAGUGUUAUUUACACGAGUGCAACAUACUAUUUGCUUAGUAUUAAUUACUCUUACAUGAACAACAACAUACACCGGCCAGUUUAUUUGCCUCCAGAACAGCCUGAAUUCUUUGGGCAUGGAUUCUACAAGUCGUGAAACAUUCCACAGGGAUGUUGGUCUAUGCUGACGUGAUGGCAUCACGCAGUUGCUGCAGAUUGGACAGCGGUACACCACCGCCACCAGCCUGUACCGUUGACACCAGGCAGGAUGGUACCAUGAACUCAUGCUGCUUACACCAAAUCCUGACUGCCAUCAGCAUGACGCAACAGGAACCGGGAUUCGUCGGACCAGUCAAUGUUUUUCCACUCUUCAACUGUCCAGUGUUGGUGAUCGCGUGCCCACUGGAGCCGCUUCUUGUUGUUUUUAGCUGAUAGGAGUGGAACCCGGUGUGGUCGUCUGCUGCAAUAGCCCAUCCGUGACAAGGAUCGACGAGUUGUGCGUUCCGAGAUGCCGUUCUGCACACCACUGUUGUACUGCACUGUUAUUUGUUUGUUUGUGGCCCGCCUGUUAGCUUGAACGGUUCUUGCCAUUCUACUUCGACCUCUCAACAAGCUAUUUUCACCCACAGGACUGCCGCUGACUGGAUGUUUUUUGUUUGUCGGACAAUUCUCAGGAACCCAUAGACACUGUCGUGAGUGAAAAGCCCAGGAGGGCGGCAGUUUCUGAGAUACUGGAUCCGGCGUGCCUGGCACCGACGAUCAUAUCACGCUCAAAGGAGUUUAUGUCACUAGUUUUGCCCAUUCUAACGUUCAAUCGAACAGUAACUGAAUGCCUCUGUCUGCCUGCUUAAUAUGGCAAGCCACAGCCAUGUGACUCACUGUCUGUGGGAGCGAUCCAUUUUCGUGAACGGGGUGGUGUACCUAAUAAACUGGCCGGUUAGUGUAUGUACAAUUAAUUAAACAGAAACUAUUACCACAUUCAGAACCACAGACAAGUUAAUGUUAUAUGUUUGAAUAUGCAGGUAGUGUGUAUGUAUUCUCUUCACUGACUGUUUCCUCUCACCCUGACAGCAUCCAAAUGGUACCCUACUCCCUAUUUAGUGCACUACUUUUGAGUAGAGCCCAUAUACAGCUCUGGUCAAAAGUAGUGCACUAUUUAAAAAGAAUGCACUAUUUAGGGAAUAAGGUGCCAUUUGGGACGCAUACUCUAUCAUAUUGACAUAAGUGUCUUGUAAUAUGUUUCAGUGGACAGAGUUUACUGACAGGACACUCGCCAGGUGCCCACACUGCAGGAAAGUGUGAGUAUCUAUCUGUCCACACGGUUCCCAGUCAAUACAGAGGAGUCCAUUAAAAGGGAUUAAACAAUAUGCUCAAAAUAUUGUCCUCCAGUGGUGGCUGGUGGCACUUUAUAUCGGAGGACAUGCUCAUAGUUGUGGCUGGAUGACUGUAUCAAAGACACAUGGUUUCCAUACCAUUCAUUCCACAUCAGCCAUUGCUAUAAGCUGUCCUCCACUCGCCAGCCUCCACUGAUGUCCUUCAUAGUAUUCUUUUCUGAAAUAUGUGUCCCCUUGUGAACUGUAGGCAGUUGCUUGAACUAUGUAGUGGGUCAGAUUCCUAUACCGUUAGCCUGUAGCAUUAGUCUUCAGGAUAAGCUCUUUACUGACUUGUUGUGUGCAAUCUCUCAAGUCUGAGCUCAGUUAUUCUUACACAACCUUUUGUUAGUAUGACUUGCUUCAGCAACUAACAAUUUAAACAAUUUAACAAUUCAAGUUCUUUUGGACAGCCGAAGCAAGUCAGACAAUUCUUCUCCAGGAAAAUGACCCUUUCGAUUGAAUGUUUACAUUCCAUUUCUCCCCUCUCCUUUGCCACACUCUUCGACAUGCAGCUCCUCUAUUGGGCAGAGGUACCCUCGAAGGCGGAGCUUGUGGUGUUUUCUACUAUGCUUGCUUUUCAGCCUCUCCGCUGCUGGGCUGGUAGUGAGUACACACUCCAUACUGUCCACUCUACAUGACAUUACUUGACAAACUAAUAUCGCAGAUGUAUCACAAACACUGCAAUCUGCCACCGCCUAAGCCCCUUUAUGAGCCAGGAAAAACCCUGUCGUGUGUCAUCUCGUUAAGUGUUCUCUCUCCCUCUUCUAUGUCUGUAGGACCCAUUUCUCACCACUAACACAUUGCAACCAACAAAAAAAAAUGUGUUACAUGCGCCAUUUCUUUCUCUCUGUGUGUUUUGUAGGCUGGUACGUGGGUGAAGGCCCAGGACUACGGGGGUAUCUAUGCCUCCUGGGCCGUGCUGAUCCUGUUG